CGUCUCAAAGUUUUGGGGUUGUGUUGUGUUGUCCGCCCAUGUGAGGAUUCGUGCAUCCAUGCAUAUCUUCUCUUUAACCAUGUUGGUCUAAAGACUAACUUGUAUACGUGGAAUGGUGACUUGAUAUCUAUCUUGUGGAAAAUAUCAGCUGCUUUAUAGACAGAUAGAGAGAGAGACCCUUGACUUCCUCCUUUAUAUACUGCCGUAUCUAUUAUUUGCAAUAUGGUCUCUCUGACUGGUCCUUCGUGAAGUAGUGCAUAUGCUUUAAUAAUACUACCAAAAAUAGUUGCAUCAAUAAUUGGUAGGUCUAUGUAGAAAUCAAGGCGGGACCCAAAUAUGACAGGUUGUCUAAAAAAAAGAAUGGGCGUCUUCACUUUGCGAGCUUGGGUGGUUGUUUUCACGUGUUCAGCGAUUGCCGACUUCUUAAUCAUAUCAGCCUGGUAUAGGAAUGGACGCGUAGGAAUGCACAGAUCUUCAAAUGCACAUUAUUCAGCUGCCAAUCUCAACAAAAUGUCACAAGUACGAGGUAGUGCUUCUCCCAGCUCCUUGAAUCAAACGACCCAGCCAAUAUUUGUUUGUAAUGACACCGAGAACGUGAAGGUAAUGCCGAUGGGGACGUUCCCGGUGGCAGGGCUUGCUAGUUUUCCCGGCUCGGGAAACUCGUGGAUGAGGAGCAUGAUCGAAAGAGCGACUGGCUACGCCACAGGAGACAUCUACCACAUUCCUAACCAGGAAAAAGAUUUUGUAGGAGAAAUGAGGAACGUUGCAGCAGGCGAGACAAUAGUCUUUAAGUUGCACGACUAUUGGAAGGGAUUCACAAACAAAAGGGACGGGCAAAUAUCAAUCCAGAAAGCUAUCCUGAUCAUUCGAAAUCCUUACCGAGCUUUGAUAGAGGACUUUAAUCGUUUGGGAUACGGAAAACAAAGACCCAUCGACGAGAACAGGUUCCGAAGCGAAGAAUGGUCAAAGUUUAUGACUGAGACUUUUAAGUUCAGUCGUUGGCUUAAGCUGUCUCGGACUCUGAUGGAUAUGUGCAAUCAUCACGCCCCCACAGCCCCAUGCAAGGCAAUCCACAUUGUUUACUAUGAAAACCUGGAAACCGACCUGAAAAAUGAACUGCUUCAGAUUAUAAAGUUCCUCGAUAUCCAAGUUGAUGAGCGUCGUUUGUCCUGUGCGAUAGCAACAUCGGAGUCCUCUCCACAUCGGCCACUCAAGCAACCACACCUGUCCUUUGACCCAUUCACCCAAGAGCAUCGGGCAAGAAUCGACGAGGAUAUGAAGACUUUUCAUCAAUGGCUUGAUUCUGAGGGACUUCCGCAUCCCCCUCCAGCAUUCAACAAUUGAACAAAACCCUUCGGUGAAUAGAAUCGUGGACCUAGUUUUUAGGCAC